AUGACUCUUAGAAUGGGCCUGAAAACUAACGCCAUCCCCAUGCUCGCUCUCAGUCCUCCCAGAAAUGUUCGCCACCACAGGGAACAUAAGAAACUAUCCACAAAAUUAAUUCAGACCACGGAUAGGAAUGAGCGGACCCGAAUUCUGUACAACCGUAAAACAAACCGCCACAUUUCCCAUCAGCCACUGGCGCUGCCCACCCGGAAGGCCGCGCAGGAACUUCCUGUUGCUGUUGCUAUGGCUUCGGGGGCGGGUCUUCAGGAGGCCGCUCUCAGUUCAAUUCAGUCGCUCAGUCCUGUGUGA